CUGACGAGCCCUGCACGACCCCACCGACUUGGCAGACCCCUCGGCGGCGCCAGCGACGGCGGAGAGAGCGCGGCCUCGGGUCCGAGCCUCGGACAACUCCGCACGGACAGGGACCAUGGGGACCCAGGCCGGGCCAGCGGUCGCGGGCCAGCAGGAGCCCCGGGCCUGAGGAGCGGGCGGCGGGGACCAUGACCUCGGUGUGGAAGCGCCUGCAACGCGUGGGCAAGAGGGCUGCCAAGUUCCAGUUUGUGGCCUGUUACCACGAGCUGGUGGUGGAGUGCACCAAAAAAUGGCAGCCGGAUAAGCUAGUGGUCGUGUGGACCCGGCGGAACCGCCGCAUCUGCUCCAAGGCCCACAGCUGGCAGCCGGGCAUCCAGAACCCGUACCGGGGCACCGUGGUGUGGAUGGUGCCUGAGAACGUAGACACUGCCGUGACCCUCUACAGGGACCCCCAUGUGGACCAGUACGAGGCCAAAGAGUGGACGUUUAUAAUUGAGAAUGAGUCCAAGGGGCAGCGGAAGGUGCUGGCCACAGCCGAUGUGGACCUGGCCCGCCACGCAGGGCCUGUGCCCACCCAAGUUCCCCUGCGGCUGCGGUUGAAGCCCAAGUCAGUGAAGGUGGUGCACGCCGAGCUGAGCCUCACCCUCUCGGGGGUGCUGCUGCGGGAGGGCCGUGCCACGGAUGAUGACAUGCAGAGUCUGGCGAGCCUCAUGAGUGUGAAGCCUAGUGACGUGGGCAACUUGGAUGACUUUGCUGAGAGUGAUGAGGAGGCUAAUGGCCCAGGGGCCCCUGAGGUCCGGGCCCGGGUCCCCCAGUCGGAUCCCUCUCGGGAGCUGAAGACACUUUGUGAGGAAGAAGAGGAGGGCCGAGUCCAGCCCCAGCAGCCAGCUGCCAGCUCCUCUAAUGCUAAGGAUGCCAACCCAGCCCCUGUGAGUGUCCCUGCGCCCCCAGCCAGGGCCUCCAGGGAGAAGGGGUCAGAGGCACCUGUGGCAGGGGGCCAGGUGGGGCCUGAAGCCCCCAGGCCCCCGGAAACCCCAAUGGAGACAAGGUCCUCAAGGCAGCCAGGCCAGGACGUGGCCCCCACCCCAGCCCCGCGGUUCCGGAAAAGCCUCGAAGCCCCCCAGCCCCCAGUCCCCCAGGGGAAGGAUGAGGCCCCUGAAGCCUCACAAGCUUCCCUAGCAGGAGUGGGUUCCUCUGGGGAGAUGCAGGCGCGGGCAAGGCCUCAGGAAGGGCCAGAGGGCCAUGGAGUCAGGCUGGGCCUAGGCAUUGAGGAUGGAGGCUCCAGAGACCCUGUGGGAGAACAGAGCCCCAAGGCUGAGGAGGAGGGCACUGGGGACAGGCCAAAGGCCAGGGGGGUGGAGACGGAGCAUAGGGCAGGAGCUGGAGAGGCGCACACGAGGACGCUGGUGGUUGGAGCCAGGGAGGCCGCAGCGAGCUCAGACGUUGGUCACAUUGAUGCCGAACAGAGGUCCCAGAUGAGGCCUAUGGACACUAAGGAACCAGAGGCCACCAGAGCAAAGGCUGAAACAAGACUCAGGGGGCCUCCUGAGGCUCCUCCAAGGGGCUCUCAGGGGAGGCUGGGGGUCAGGACCAGGGAUGAGGUACCUACAGGCCUGAGCCCACCCCCAGCAGAACCUGUAGGGCACUCAGGGCAUCUUGGUGACCUCCAGAGGGCCAGGGCUGUGGCAGGCCAGGAGAGAGAGGGCACAGAGGGGAGGGAUGGAGCCCCUGGUGUUGGGGGGCCAGGCCUGGAGCAGGGCUUCUCUGCUGGAGCAGCCAGUGCCAGGCCCCAGGUGAGCAGGAGCCAAGGGUCCCCACCAGCAGCUGACCAGGGGGUGGUAUCUAGGGCUCUGGGGAUCUUGGAGGCAGAAGCUGGGGAUUCAAGGGUCCUGGGAACCGAGAUUGGGGUGGCAGAGUCAGAAGUAUUGGGGACCCAGGAGACAGUGGGAGCGAGAUCAGGGGUCCUGGGGUUGGAGGCUGCUGGGAUGGCAGAGUCAGAGGUAUUGGGGAUGCAGAAGACAAAAGUGGGAGUUUCAGGGGACCCAGGGGCAGAGGCUAGGAUGGCAGAGUCUGAGAUACUGGGGACCCAGGAGACAUCUGGGGAUUUAGGGAUACUGAGAAUAGAAGUUGAGUUAGUAGAGCCUGAGAUAUUGGGUGCCCAGGAGACGGAAGUGGGGGCUUUAAGGAAAGAGGUGACAGAAGCUGGGAGGACAGAGACUGAGAUAUUGGGGACCCAGGUGGUAGCAGAUGAGGGUCCAGGGGUCCCAGGGAUAGAAGCUGAGAUAGCGGAGCCUGAGAUAUUGGGGGCCCAGGAGGUAGCAGAUGAGGGUCCAGGGGUCCCAGGGAUAGAAGCUGAGAUAGCAGAGUCUGAGAUAUUGGGGACCCAGGAGGCAGAGGCUGGAGGUUCAGGGGUCUCAAGUAUAGAGAUUGGGACAGCAGAAGCUGAGAUAUUGGGGACCCAAGGGGUAGCAGAUGAGGGUUCAGGGGUUCCGAGGGUAGAGGCUAUAAUGGUAGAUGGUGAAGUACUGGGAACCCAAAAGACAAGAGUUUCAGAGGCUGCGAAACCAAAAGUUGAGAUUUUGGGGGUCCAGGAGGCAGAUACUGGGGUUUGGGGGAGUCUAGAAACCAAGCGUGGGGCUUCUGUGGCCUCAGUCACUAAACAUGAAGUUUCAGGGGCCCAGGAAGCAGAGGCAGAGAUGCCAGGGGCCCAGGAGGCAGAGACUGAAGUUUUGAGUGUCCAGGAGGCAGAGGCUAAGGUAUUGGAGAUCUCAGAAGCCAAAUCUGAGGCUUUGGGGACCCAGGAAGCAGAGACAGAAGUUUUAGGGUCCCCAGAGAACGAAUGUGGAAUUUUCGAGGUCCAGGAAGCAGAGGCUCAGGUCUUGGGGCCCAAGAAGGGACAAGAAGCUCAGGGAGACUCCCCAGAGGCCAGUCUGGUUGAAGUGCAGGUGGCCAGUGGGGCAGGGGCUGGGGUGCCCAGGCCCUCGGGGGCCUCCUCCCCAGAGGAGCCUGAAGAGGACAGGAGGCUGCCGGGCAGCCAGGUGCCACCUGCCCUGAUCAACUCUAGCCAGUCCCUGCUUGAGUGGUGCAAGGAAGUCACCGCUGGCUACCGUGGCGUCCGCAUCACCAACUUUACCACGUCCUGGCGCAAUGGGUUGGCCUUCUGCGCCAUCCUGCACCGAUUCCACCCGGACAAGAUCGACUAUGCCUCCCUCAACCCGCUCAACAUCAAGGAGAACAACAAGCAGGCCUUCGAUGGCUUCGCGGCCCUGGGUGUGUCACGGCUGCUGGAACCCGCAGACAUGAUGCUGCUGUCGGUGCCCGACAAGCUCAUCGUCAUGACCUACCUGUGUCAGAUCCGCGCUUUCUGCACAAACCAAGAGCUGCAGCUGGUGCAGCUGGAGGGCGGUGGCGCUGCGGGCACCUACCGCGUGGGCAGCGCCGUGCCCAGCCCGCCCGGCGACCUGGACGCUGGCGACCUGGCGCAGCGGUUGCGCGGGUCGGUGAACGGGGAGGCCGGGCCUGUGCCCCCGCCGCGCGCGCACGGCUCCUUCUCCCACGUGCGCGACGCCGACCUGCUGAAGAAGAGGCGCUCGCGGCUGCGGAACAGCAGCUCCUUCUCCGCGGACGAGCAGGACGCUGGGGCCGCGGGUGCCUCUGGUGAAGGCCCAAGCCCAGACCCCAGCCCUGCCCCUGGCCCAGCCCCAGCUGCAGCCCUGCAGCCACCCCUUGGUGGGAUCCCCCCAUCAGAGGAGCUGCCACCAAGCCUGGGGGAGGAGGCUGGGCUGCAGCGGUUCCAGGACACAAGUCAGUAUGUGUGUGCAGAGCUGCAGGUCCUGGAACAGGAACAGAGGCAGAUAGAUGGGCGGGCGGCCGAGGUGGAGACGCAGCUGAGGAGCCUCAUGGAGUCAGGUGCCAACAAGCUGCAGGAGGAGAUGCUGAUCCAGGAGUGGUUCACACUGGUGAACAAGAAGAACGCGCUCAUCCGGAGGCAGGACCAGCUGCAGCUGCUCAUCGAAGAGCAGGACUUGGAGCGGAAGUUCGAGCUGCUGAGCCGGGAGCUGCGGGCCAUGCUGGCCAUCGAAGACUGGCUGAAAACCACCGCGCAGCAGCACCGAGAGCAGCUCCUGCUGGAGGAGCUGGUGUCCCUGGUGAACCAGCGCGACGAGCUGGUCCGGAACCUGGAUCACAAGGAACGGAUAGCCCUGGAGGAGGACGAGCGCCUGGAGCGCGGGCUGGAGCAGCGGCGCCGCAAACUGAGCCGGCAGUUGAACCGGCGCGACCGCUGCGCGCUGAGCUGAGGCCGGCGGUCCAGGAGGCGCCCGCCUCGGCUCCUCGGCCACCGCCCG